AUGAUCACCUUCCCAGCUGUCAUUGUUUGCCUGGUCGAUUUCGACAUUUAUAACCUCAAACCGGCACUUGAACCCCGCUUACAACGCAAUUACUUCACGCAAUUAACUCUAAAUAAGAUCUUCAGCAAGAACUUGAAGUGGUUAUGUAACGGUAGAUACUGCUUGUACUCCGAUGGAAAUCCAGCUUCUUACUCAAGUGUUGAUGAGAUGAGAGGAGUUUGUUCAGGCUGGAAUAUAGGGGCUUCAAUCCAAAACGAAGCUUUACUACCACAAGUUUCAUAUUUGGUUUAUAAUCAAGCACCUCAGAGUACAUUUUAUUAUUAUGUUGAAUCUUCAAACGCUCAGAGCAAUAAUGCAAUCUGCCAAAAUGUCGCAUCACUCGACUGUGAAAAAAACAGAAGCCUAAGGUAUAAAAACAUUUGCUACUGGGCAAUAAAGAGAGGGAAUUUGACUUGGUACGAAGCUAAUAAUGAAUGCAUCAAAUUGAAUAGCACGUUGGCGGUAUUUGAUGGGGCGGAAUUUAAUUCUUCUAAUAAUUUAGGACUGUGGCUGGUAAAUACUGGGUUGGAUUGUCGAGAGGCCACCAAAACCACGAUGACAAUGAUGUCGACAAACGUUCCUAACACUGCUUCUGUCACGAAAAGUUCUUUCAAAUUUGAUUCGACGGUUGCAUCUACUGAUGGGGUGAAGAGGAAUUCUAGCGUCAGACCACAAAACAAGGCAGUUGCUAUAGGAGUCGGUGUCGGUUUGUCGCUGUUUGUGGUUCUGGUGUUGGUGGCUACUGCAGCUGUUGUGGUCUACUUGUGGAAAAAUAAAAUAGGAUGGUUGGUACAAUGUUUCGGAUAA